GCGCAGGCGUGCCUGACUGAGAGCUGAGAGGCCUUGGAGCUUUUUCUGAAAGGUGUUUCCCGAGGCCAGGGCGCCACGAUCUAAGGUCCUGGGGCCCUCUAGCGCCAUGGGCAGCAGCUGCCGCAUCGAAUGCAUAUUCUUCAGCGAGUUCCACCCCACGCUGGGACCCAAGAUCACCUAUCAGGUUCCUGAGGACUUCAUCUCCCGGGAGCUGUUUGACACUGUCCAGGUGUACAUCAUCACCAAGCCAGAGCUGCAGAACAAGCUCAUCACUGUCACAGCCAUGGAGAAGAAACUGAUUGGCUGCCCUGUGUGCAUCGAGCACAAGAAGUAUAGCCGCAAUGCCCUGCUCUUCAACCUGGGCUUUGUGUGUGACGCCCAGGCCAAGACCUGCGCCCUUGAGCCCAUCGUCAAAAAGCUGGCUGGCUACCUGACCACACUGGAGCUAGAGAGCAGCUUCGUGUCAACGGAAGAGAGCAAGCAGAAGUUGGUGCCCAUCAUGACCAUCUUGCUGGAGGAGCUAAAUGCCUCAGGCCGGUGUACUCUGCCCAUCGAUGAAUCCAACACCAUCCACCUGAAGGUGAUCGAGCAGCGGCCUGACCCUCCUAUGGUUCAGGAAUAUGACGUGCCUGUCUUUACCAAGGACAAGGAGGAUUUCUUCAACUCACAGUGGGACCUCACCACACAACAGAUCCUGCCCUACAUUGACGGUUUCCGCCACGUCCAGAAGAUCUCAGCUGAGGCAGAUGUGGAGCUCAACCUAGUGCGCAUCGCCAUCCAGAACCUGCUGUACUAUGGUGUUGUGACCCUGGUGUCUGUCCUCCAGUACUCCAAUGUAUACUGCCCGACACCCAAGGUCCAGGACCUGGUAGAUGACAAGUCCUUGCAAGAGGAGUGUCUAUCCUAUGUGACCAAACAAGGGCACAAGAGGGCCAGUCUCCGGGACGUGUUCCAGCUGUACUGCAGCCUGAGCCCUGGCACUACUGUCCGAGACCUCAUCGGCCGCCACCCACAGCAGCUGCAGCGCGUUGAUGAACGGAAGCUGAUCCAGUUCGGGCUUAUGAAGAGCCUCAUCCGGAGACUUCGGAAGUACCCUGUGCGGGUGUCUCAGGAGGGGCGGAGCCACCCUGCCCGGCUUUACACCGGCUGCCACAGCUACGACGAGAUCUGCUGCAAGACAGGCAUGAGCUACCACGAGCUGGAUGAACGUCUGGAAAAUGACCCCAACAUCAUCAUCUGCUGGAAGUGAGGCUGGUGUGGGGCUGGACACGGCUGUAGCUACUCUCUCCUGCUAAGCCCUGCCUGGUGCAUGAAGGCUAGACUAUCCUGUCUCACUGUUGACCCUCACUUCUGUAAAUAAAGUCAAACAUUUCAACCUA